AUGUCUAGGCUGCCUGUCGCCCGAACGCGCCGCGGAGCUGCCCCUUACCCGCGCGUGCCAACUCUGGUGGGCGGGGGUCUUCCUGGAGGUGGGGGUGGCAGUGGUGAUGGCGGCCGUGUCGCCGUGGUAACUGGCGGAGCCAAUCACGACUCUCCCUUCCGGGAACCGCGCGGCGCGCACCUGUUGCCAGGACGACGGAUCUCUCAACCACUGUGGGCCGCGCGGAGUGCGGCUGGACUUCCCGGCGUUCCCCGCGGCGGCGGGCGGGAUGCUGGUGGCGUCGACACGGUCGUGGCGCCAGGGGUGCGGCAGCUCCUGCUGCUGGGUCAGUGGACGCUGGCGGGCCCAGGGAGGCCCGGCUUCGGGCAGGCAGGCGACGGGGGCUGGCAGCGGGGCGGGUCGAGGACGCUGGCGGCCUUGGCCGAGGAGGGGCGCUGCACUGUUGAGCGCCGCGCCGACCUCACCUACGCUGAUUGCGCGCCGCGGUACAUUUCCUUCAGACCCGUCAUCCUGCAGGGGCUCACAGACAACCCUAGGUUCCGGGACCUGUGCUCUCGCGAAAGGCUGCUGGCCUUGUUUGGGGACAGCGUGCUCUGGCUGAGCACAGCCAACACCUUCAACCAGAAAGUGGCCCUGCCCUUCCAGGAGUAUGUGGAGCAGCUGCUGCACUCUUAGCACCCCAUCUUCCUGGGCAGUGACACUCUGUACUUCUUUGGGGACAACAGCUUAACUGCAUGGGCGCCACUCUUCCGCCAUUACACCCCACCCCGAUUUGCCCUGCUGGAUACCACCUGUGCUUACAGCUUUGGAAUAGCGGGUGGGAAUCCCGGUGUUCCCUUCCCCUCGUAUGAACCUGGGUUCUCAGAAGUGAUUUAUGGCCAUAAGCGCUGGUUCCUGUACCCCCCAGAGAAAACGCCAACGUUCCACCCCAACAAGACCAUACUGGCCUGGCUCCACAACACAUACCUUGCCUUGGCACCCUCUGCAAGGCCCCUGGAGAGCACCAUCCAGGCCGGGGAGGUGCUGUACUUCCCUGACCGGUGGUGGCAUGCCACCCUCAACCUGGACGUCAGCGUCUUCAUCUUCACCUUUUUCAGGUAGCCAGAGUAGCAGCUAGCUAAGCACCCCCAUCA